UAACUUAGUUGAUAAGCUCUACAAUGUGACAAAGAGAAAGUGAUGCUCAACGAAAUGCCUCUCAUAUUUAAAUGGAGACUCACAUGGAAUGCUGUUACUCAAAACAAGCUGCCACACAACGAUUUAGUUUCUAAUCUGAACUUUACUUAAGCGGUACCGGCAGCCCCGUAGCGUAUAAUAAAUUGAAAGAGCUCGUGUUAAACAUGUUCUAAUUUAAAAGCGCACACAAAACUGAUAAGAUUUUAUAUACAUGCACAUGCGCCGAUAACACAAAAAAAAUAAGAACUAGAAGCAUCUUACUACAAAUCAACACUACGUUCAAUCAGCUCUAUAAAUAGUGCUUGUUCACUUAUCAAGGAGUUUUUGUUCAUAGAUUAUAGACGCUAAAAUGGCAACGAACUACAAGAGUCUAAUACGUUUGCUAGUAGUCACAAGCUGUGUGGCAACAGCCUAUGCAGUAUCCAGUACAUGGGGAAAUAUUUCAAACUCAGCUCAACUUUUACAUGCUGAAAACGUGGCAAACGCAUCGUCUCCGGGACGAUAUGUUAACCAUGAGAUUAAAUAUCCGAAAAACGGCAUUGGUAACGGGAGAAUCAUUACGGGAAUACGGGCGUUCGACCAGGUGACGAAUAGCACGGGUGGACAUGCUACAAUUUACUCUGGAGGUCCCGGUUUCAACUUUGUACACAUCAAGCUUCAAUCUCAGUACAACUAUGGCCUUAUAUUUCGAGUUGAAAUUUACGGAAAAUAAAACUAGUAUCCAAAUUGAUUAUAGCCCAUAAGUAAAUAAAUAACAAAACGCGUAAAAUAAAAUAGUAAGGAAUCUUGAAAAAAAAAUCUUUUGUUUCUUUUAUCAUGACCCAUUAAAAUAAGGAUUCUUUUUGCGCAAGAAUCACAGUACAAUACAACUACACAGAGUCAUUUUACAGAUAGUCAUUUCAUAAUUAUCCUUUUUUUAUUGACUGUAAUGUAAUAUGUACAUACUAUAUAAGAACAUUUCUGCCAAUUGUCAUAUAAUU